AUGGCGGCCAGAGACAGCUUCGGCGUCUUUGCCGAACCGGGGCUAUCACAGCUACAGCGGGCGAUUCGCAAUGCAUGUGAUCCACGAAACAUCGAGCCCAACCUAGCCCUGAACCUCGAAGUGGCUGAUCUGAUCAAUUCCAAGAAGAGCAAUACCCCUCGCGAUGCAUCUGUUGAGAUUGUUCAUUUAAUCAACUCUCGCAAUCAAAAUGUUGCGUUAUUAGCGCUAGCGGUACGUCCAGAAUACCACAGAGGAGCGGAGAUGACAGCCUGGCGACGCGGGAUAUUUGCGUCAAGAACUGCGGUUAUAAAUUCCACCUCCAGAUCAGUACCAAAGAUUUCCUCAAUGAAUUGGUGCGAAGGUUCCCCCGAGCGUCCAGCUGUGCGUACCUCGCGGGUCCAACAUCGCAUACUGGAGUCGAUUGAGGAGUGGCGGCAGACUAUCUGUCAAACGUCGCGGUACAAGGAAGAUCUGGGCUUCAUUCGGGACAUGCAUCGUCUUCUACUUCAACAGGGUUAUUCAUUCCCCCAGGUUCGUCGUGAGGAUGCUGCUGUCUUGAACCCGAGUGACAAUCUUCGCUCGGCUGAAGAGAUGGAAGAAGAGGAGAGAGAGGCUCAAUCUGCAAAGCUUCAGGAGCUUAUUCGGAGAAAUACACCGGCUGAUUUGCAGGAAGCCAAUCAGUUGAUGAAGAUCCUGGCAGGAUACGAUAACCGAAGCAAGCCUGAUUACCGGGCGAAGGCCGCAGAGGAGGUAUCAAUGGUGCAAGCAAAAGCGAGGCUUCUCGAGGAUAUGCUGCAGAAUCAGCAGCCUGGACAGGGAAUUCCUGAAGGAGAAGUUUUCCAUGAACUUGGGGAGGCCCUGAUGAACGCUAAAUCUAAGAUUGCGAAGAUGUGCGAUGCGGAAUCGACUGACCCCGAAGCCCGUAAGCUGGUGGAAAUUUAUGACAGUAUAGUGCGGACCAUUGAACGGUACAACUUGGUCAUAGUGGGCGAUCUGGAUGCUGCAUCAAGAAUUCCAAAGGGAACUCUGGGUACAACAACUGGAGUGUCUAAGAAUGCGAAUAAUGAAUUGUCAUUGAUUGAUUUCGACCCGGAGCCCAGCUCCAAUGGCAAUGCUCCCGAGGCUUCCUUGCAGGCUCAUGGUGGUAAUGCUUUGGAGAAUGAUCUCCUUGGCCUGUCACUUGGCGAGGAGGGUCCUCUCCCUGGCGGUUUUAUCUCAUUGGGUGGCUCUAAUAGUAAGUUCUAUCCUUAUUGCACAGAGGAAAACGUGAUCAUUAACCUCUUCUCAGUGGGCUUCCCUCCUAUGUCAUCGGGUCCAUCCCCGCCGGCCAUGUCAGCAACCGCCAUGCAGCAAAAUCUAGCGGCAUUCCAGCUGAAUCAUGAUAUCCUUUCAUCGAUGAAUUUAUCUCGGCCUGCCUCUCAGUCCUCAACUCCAGUACCCGGGAAGUCACCUAUGGUUCGCUCAACAGCAACCCCACCACAGGCAGCUGAUCCCUUUGCCUCGUUGGUUUCUGCUAGUCCUCGGCCUGCAAGCGCCGCAAGCAGUGCUUUCCAGCCCCCUCAAAGUCAGCCUGCACCGGCUUCAUCAUCAUUACUUGACCUUAUUGGAGGACCCAGUGUCCCCGCGCAGCCCGCAGGACGGGCUGCCGAAGAUGACGACUGGAACUUUGCAUCCUCUCUUCCUCAAAGCAACACCCUCCCCGCAAAUAACCAAGUCCAGGUCUUGAAUUCACAGCUCAGAGUCGAGUUCCAAGUUCGUCGUGUACCCAACGCGCCGCGACAGAUUUACAUCAGAGCUGUUUUCUCCAACACUACCAGCCAGCCUAUUGGGGAGCUUCAUUUCCAGGUUGCAGUGGAGAAGUCCUACACCCUCCAGCUUCGGCCGCAGUCUGGCCGAGACAUUGCACCACUCCAACAGAACGGCGUGCAACAGGAUAUGCUCCUCGAUGGCAUUGACUCGGGCAAAGGCAACUCGGUCAAACUUCGGUUUAAGGUGUCUUACAAGCUUGGCGCCGAGACCCGCGAGGAACAGGGCAUGGUGCCAUCUCUGGGCGUUUACUAG